CGGUCGUUCGUUGGUUGAUGGACGCUUUGGAAGAAAGCAAGAGCUUAUUGAAGAAGGAGGGAUAGAAAUUUCAUCUUUGAAGAACGUUCUUUACAUGUGUUAUGCAAUAGAGAAUCGGUGGCCUCUGUUUCCUACUAGUCUUUCUGGAAAGCCCUCAUCAAUUAGAGAGAAGAAAGUGAACUAAUUAUUGCAACAGAAACAGGCAAUUAUAAAGAUAAAGAAGUGAUCGAGAUUGAUUCUUUGCCACAGCUCAAAGGAAGCUAGGUAGGUUGCAUAUAUAAUAAAUAAACCCAGAAAAUAAGAAUCUACCAUCUCUCUGUGUAAGCGGCAGAAGACCCUUCCUUGUCAAUUGAAGCUCCUCAGCCAAUUUUAAUGGCUUCCUCUCUCCGCCCACUUCACCUCCUUCUCUGUCUCCUCGUCUGUGUCGGUCCCUCCGUCCAGACUCCCCAGCAUUAUGUGGUUUAUAUGGGGAGUCCAUCAAAUGGUAGAGGAGGCAACGCCGCCGGUGAAGAGGCAGCUCAUCUGCACCUUUUAUCGUCUCUCAUUCCAAGUCAAGAGAGUGAAAGAAUAUCUCUACUCCAUCUUUAUAGUCAUGCUUUCAAGGGUUUCUCUGCCAUGCUUACAGAGAAGGAAGCUUCCAUACUAUCUGGCCAUGAUGAAGUUGUAUCAGUCUUUCGAGAUCCCACGCUUAAGCUUCAUACUACACAUUCCUGGGACUUUUUGGAAGCAGAAUCCAGAAUUCGAUCUAGUCUGAGAGAUCAACACUUAUCCAGCGACGUAAUAAUUGGAGUCAUCGAUACAGGGAUAUGGCCUGAGUCUCCAAGUUUCAAAGAUGAUGGCGUGGGAGAAAUCCCUUCAAGAUGGAAAGGAGUUUGUAUGGAAGGACCUGAUUUUAAGAAAUCUAGAUGUAAUAGGAAGAUCAUAGGGGCAAGAUACUACAACCCUAGUCCAGGAUUUGGCUCACCUAGGGAUGCUGUUGGGCAUGGAACUCACACUGCAUCCAUUGCAGCCGGAGCAGUGGUACCCAAUGCUAGUUACUAUGGCCUUGCAAAUGGCACAGCUAGAGGGGGCUCACCUUCAGCUAGAAUUGCAAGCUACAAGGCCUGCUCCGAGUUCGGUUGCUCUGGUGCAGUCUUACUACGGGCCAUUGAUGAUGCUAUUAAGGAUGGCGUUGACAUCAUCUCAAUCUCCAUAGGGUUGAGCUCUGAAUUGGAAAUGGGCAUCAUGAACGACGUCAUAGCCAUCGGAGCCUUUCAUGCCGAGCAGAUGGGGGUUAUGGUGGUUUGUUCCGCAGGGAAUGAUGGACCUGAUCCUUACACCCUCAGUAAUUCGGCUCCAUGGUUGCUCACUGUUUCAGCUUCUACGAUUGAUCGUGAUUUUAGGUCGAACAUACUUCUUGGCAAUCGGGAAGUUCUUCCAGGCAUUGGAAUCAAUUUCUCAAACCUCACUGCCUCCAAGACCUAUCCUCUAGUACUUGCAGAACAAGCAGCUUACGAUUUUUCGCCCUUGAGGGAAGCAAGGAACUGCUAUCCAGGAUCUCUUGAUCCAAAAAAGGUAGCUGGAAAAAUAAUUGUCUGUACCAAUACAGAUCCAAAUACAUCGAGAAAUAUAAAAAAAUUAUACAUGGCUGAUGCCAAGGCCAAAGGCUUAAUUUUGAUUGAUGAAGAAGAGAAAAACACACCCUAUGAUUCGGGCAUUUUUCCAUUCAGUGAAGUUGGAAAUCACACAGGAUCUCGAAUUCUCAAGUAUAUCAACUCCACCAAGAAUCCCAUUGCAGCUAUACUCGGAACAAAAAUAGUUCUCAAGUUCCGGCCAGCUCCCGUUGUUGCUUAUUUUUCGUCGCGAGGUCCCGGACGGCUUACAGAAAACAUUCUUAAGCCAGAUGUAAUGGCUCCUGGUGUAGCCAUUUUAGCAGCAAUGAUGCCGAAGAAGGAAGAAUUUAUUGGAAAGAAACCAUCGCCAUUUGCUUUCAGAUCUGGAACUUCAAUGGCUUGCCCUCAUGUCAGUGGCGCCGCCGGCUUUAUUAAAUCUCUCCACCGUAGCUGGAGCUCCUCCAUGGUCAAAUCAGCUCUCAUGACAACGGCAACUGCCGCCAACAACAUCGGUAAACCCUUGACAAACAGCUGGAAUUCCACAGCAAAUCCACAUGAAAUGGGUGCUGGAGAAAUAAACCCCCUUAAAUCUCUUGAUCCGGGUUUAGUGUUCGAAACCACGACGAUCGAUUACCUCAAUUUCCUUUGUUACUAUGGCAUUCCAGAGAAGAAGAUUAGGCUAAUAUUUUCAGAAAGGAAGACAUUUAGCUGCCCAAGAAACUCUAAUGAGGAUCUGAUCUCUAACAUCAACUACCCAUCAAUUUCCAUAGCCAAACUCAGUCAAAGUAAAGGAAUGAAAACUGUGAAAAGAACUGUCACUAAUAUGGGAAACCCAAAUGCCUUCUAUGUUUCUUCCAUUGAUGCUCCACCUGGCUUAGAAGUUGAGGUUUCUCCUAAAGAAAUUGGUUUCAGUAAGGCUUCCAGAAAGGCAUCUUUUAGUAUUUCUUUUGGGAGCAAAGAUAGUUCAAAGGGCUAUAAGUUUGGAGCUGUUACAUGGUCGGAUGGUCACCAUAUUGUUCGAACUGUGUUUGCUGUAAAUGUUGAAUAGUUAAAGAAAGUUUUCUUUUUGCAGGAAUCCUGAGAUGUACUCUUGAAAAUCUCUUCUACUUCCAUAGCAAACAACUUUAUAGAUGUUGUGCUCUAAGCUUGGAGCAAUCUCGUGAUAUAUUGGUCAUUGUGCUGGUUGAAUUUUGCUCAUUAUUUUAUGGAAAGUGUUCUUUUCUUUGCU